AUGACUCAAGGCAUUCCAGUCACACCAUUUAUACCAUUAAUUAAUGGUGUAAAACAGACGAAAAUGUAUGUAAAACAAGAUCGUCAAAUGGCAGAAUUUAUUGAUAUGAUGAAUAAAUAUGGAAAAAUUUAUUUUACAUAUUUUUCACUUUUUCCUCGUUUAUUUAUAUACGAUGCUGAUUAUUACCAAUGUCUAUUUAAAACAAAUAAUUCAUGUUUAACUCGUGUUCGAUUAUCUAAAUACAUAUUAAGUCCCUUAGUAGACUCUAAUACGAUAUUAGUAGUAAAUGAUCCAUUGCAUAGUAAAAAUAGAAAACUUAUUGCACCACUAUUUCAUUCUGUUAAUUUACAUUCCAUGAUUUCUCUUAUAGUUAAACAGACUGAUAUGUUAUUAAACGAGUGGAAUAAUAAAAUAAAUAGCUCAAUAUCAGAUACUAAAUUUACCAUCAAAGAAAUACAUAAACAGUUUGCUCAAUUAAUAUUAUGUAUUAUUGUAAAUUGUGCAUUUGGAAAAAGUUUACAAUUCACCAAAUGCUUCAAUGACUAUGUAUAA